GCUCCGCGCGAAACCGGUCACCUUUAUAACCCGGCCCCGGUCGCCACGUCUCCGGCCACCGCACGGCUCGUCUGCAGCGGCACCCGCUGCACGUCGCCUCUCCCACGUCUCCCGUGUCCCGUACUCCCGUCCCGUCCCGUCAAAGAAUCUCCUUCACAGACGACUCCUCCGGCUCCCGGCUCCCGGCUCCCCCCCCCCCCCCCCCCCCCCCCCCCGCGGGCCAUGGAUCACCAGCCGGACAUAGAGCCGGCCGAGGCGGCGGUCGGCAUCGCCUCCCCGCUGCGGCAGCAUUCGGGGUGGCUCCGGCGGAUGUACUCGCCCGUUGGCGCACCCGAGCAGGCGGCGGCGGCGGCCGUGGGCGCUGCCAACGGCGACAGGAGGCCGCGGCGGGGCGGGUGGCUGCGGCGGCUGGUGCCGCGGGAGCGCGCGCUGGCGCUGCGACGGCGGUGGAAGGCGCUGAGCGGCGCGCCGUCGAGGCUGGCGGCCGGGCUCCCGCGGUGGAAGCGGGCGGCGGCCGGCGGCGGCUGGGCGCCGGCGCUGCUCGACGCCGCCGCGUUCCGCGUCAUGUACGUGGUCGAGGCCGUCGUGCUCGGCCUCGCGCUCUCCUGCUUCUUCUGCUGCUGCGGCUGCCAGAUAUGAGAUGAGAUCGCGCGCGCGGCGCCCCGCCCACCCGCCGCCUCAGUUCCUGCUCGCGUUCUUCCGAUCCCGCCCGCCGAUGCGGCGGGCCUGUAAGUUCCGGCUAAUCGCUCCAUGAUUAUUGGCUUUUGCUAGCUGUUCUUGUAAGUUGUAAUGGUGUGAAGUUUUCGCCCUCGAUUAAGACUAGAAAUUUUUCCGCGAUCGCUGCUCCGGCUUCAUGGUAGCUAGUCGGCGCGCGUCUCGGCGCGCAUGGGCGCAUUGCUGCCGGGGGACGCGCCCGGCCGCGGCGCUUGCUUGUCUUGCGAACACGGUGUAUGCCUUAUUGCCGUCAGUGUGUUUGCCGAUCCACCGUUGCCUGAAUCCUGAUGCGCUAGCAAAGAUUCCGCCGUUUGCCUGCGAACAUGGGUUCCGUAGUCAGAGACGGCGAUGGACAGGGCGUGCUGGCGGGCGGGCGCUGGACGACUGCUCGUCAAGGAAGCUAGAGAGUCUCGUCAAGGAAGCUAGAGAGAUUAUGUCCUGAUGUCCAUGCAUUUUGUUUCGGCAGACGUUUUUCAUGUUCCGCGAUCUUUGUAACAAAUGUGCUCAUGAACUUGCUCAUGGUGCGUUGGGUUGCGACCCGAGCCACUCACGAGUCUUAGGGCACGUACAACGCCGUCUCUUGCCCCGUCUCUGUGAUGGAAAUUUUGCAAAUCACCCCCCAGCUUGCCCUGCAGACGGCCAUCUCGUCGCCUCGCGAGGCGACGCCUCUGUCCCGUUCUCCCAGGCGGAGGAGACGGCCGGCGGCCCGUUGUACGGCUCGUCUUCCCCAGUCGACGAGCAGCUCGGAUCCCGUGUGCUCGCGCUCUCCACAAUUCCUAGGUCGGCCGUGCGCGCGGGAGUUUCCCCUCGCGCCAUAUCUGCGAAGCCAGCAGGGAGGAGGAUGCCGUGGCUGCCGGCGGGGAGGAGGAUGCCACGGGGCGCCGGAUCUUGCGUCGUGGCCGCCGGGGAAGGAGGAGGUCAGACCUCGCGCGGUGGCCGCCGCGGGCCACCACAGCGCCGGUGAGCUUGCCUACGGCCAUCUUCGCCGCCUCCCCUCCCCUUCUCCGCCCUGGUCGCGGUGGCGGCGGCGUCGACGGAGCAGGCCUUUCGAAAAAAGACAUCCCCGGUGACGAGCUCGACACGGACGCCAUCGCGAUGAGCUUGAGCUGCAGCGCCCCUCGCGCGUCCUCCUCCUGACCUCCACUCGGCGGCACCGGAUCUCGGAGGAGGGAGGAGGAGUCACCGGCGUCGAGGAGGAAGAGGGAGUGGAGAUCUGCUGGUGCGCAGAGAUCCACCAACGGCAUCCGUCUUCCCAAUCAUUAUUCGCGUCUGUGUCACCUUCGAUUGGCUCAUCCUGCGGCAUUUGCCCCAACUCAGCAGCUGGGCGAUUGAGAGGAGCAGAGGUGCAGGGCAUGGUAGUAUGAGAGCAAUUUUGCAUAAUUGAUAUUAGAAUAUAGAUUCAUGUCUGCUCAGAUUCCUACACUUUACUGAAUUUACUAUGACAAAGUAAAAUCUAAUGUUGUUGAAAUCUACUACUUAAAAUUUCCAUUAUCAUGCAUAAUCAAACCACA